AUGGUCUCGUUCAGCGGAGGAAGUCUAUCAGGCCCUCGUAUACAAGGACGACUUCUGCCAGGCGGCGCAAACUGGCUCACUUCGUCUAAUGAUCUGGCAGUUGGCACGCGCACUUUCCUGCUUGACACACGAGACGUUAUAGAGACCGACGACGGUGCCAUCAUCUGCCAACAGAUAAACGGCGUACGGAUCGGACAGAGCGAUGUGCUCGAUUUGCUAUCAACAGAUGCUAGCAUACCCGCCGCCGUCUUGAUUGCUACUGCUGGUCGUACUAUCUCGCCGUCAGGCCAGGACGUGGUGAUAUACGACGCCAAUCUCGUUACAUGA